CCAACCAUGUUACCGCUUGCUACGGUGCAUCAGUUCAUCCUUUAGCAGUUUGCAAAUCGGCCGGGUGGCUAUGAUGUAUCAAUCACAUUGAAUGAGCUGACGUAAAUGACCCUGCUCUCUUUCAAGAACUCUUUCAAAACGAACAUGGCGGCAACGUAACGUUUGGCCAAAAUGACUGUGGGUCAUUUCGCGAGAAAAGAUCCCACCUUGUCGGACCGAGGAGGCGAGAUUCGGCGUGUUGAAACGAGGAUUCCUUGCGCUUUUCACCACAAAGCCAGGAAUCAGAGCGUGCGGACAGACACGGGCUUUUCCGCGUUGUAGCGGCUCUGCGCAAAAGGGGAGAGCGGAACCCAUGACAGACGAGCAGGAAGAGACAUGUUGCUACAGAUAGUUGGGUUUUUCUCCGGAGAAGCACGGGGAGAGGGGAUUCGACUAUGAAAGCAGUAAUCCCCCUGAACACAGCACUGAUCGGGAAUUGCAGUUAAUCGUGGAGGUGAGCCACGACCGCUCGUCAGCCAUCGUUUAGUGGGCAAAACUCAACGUCAAUGACUAUUGUGGCAGAAAAUCCCCCACGGCGGAGUCAGUCAGAGCUGCGCUUUCCCAAAAUAUGACCAGCGGUGCUUGGAAGUGUCGGCAGCGAGAUGACGGCUUAAAAAUUUGGUGUGCUCCCCGCGAGAACGAGAAGCCAUUCACCGACUCCGAGAGGGCCCAGCGAUGGCGAUUGUCCUUAGCGUCCCUCUUAUUCCUAACCGUUCUGCUUUCUGAUAAUCUGUGGUUCUGCGUCGAGGCCAAACUGACAAGGACCCGAGACAAGUUAGCUUCAGUGGACAUGAGCGCAAAUCACAGACCCGACCUCCCUUCAACACACAGCAGCCUCAGAAGAAAUGAAGAUGCUAUUUUUGUAGUCAAUUCUACCAAACCUUUGUGGCAACUAGAAACUUGCCAACCGGAUGGUUUGUCUGAAAACUGCUUCACUUUUGUCGACGCUGACCACUUGUGCAGGGGCCUUUCGGAAACGGAGGGGACGCGGUGGAUCAACAUAAGCGAUUUGUACCUUUCCUUUUGUAAUUCGUACUCUCUUAUGGAUUUACUUUAUGGAACAUUAAGCCCAGACAAUUUGAACUGCAGUCUUGACGUGAUCGUGGACGGCGAGCAAAACAGGUGCAGUCUGUGCGUUCAGGCGUACCAGCGUUAUGACCUGCACGCGCAGGAGAAAUAUGAGGACUUUGAGAUGAUGGCAGACAAAUACGAGACAGAUGUGUACUCCAUAAGGACGUGCAUGGAAGAAUGCAAGACUGUCUACAAGCCCUGGCUCUGCGCUCAGUAUUUCCAGAGUCCUCAGUCAGGCUGCAGUCAUAAGAUUCCCUGUGAGCAAUACUGUCUUGAGGUCCAGCAGAGGUGUCCGUUCAUAUUGCCUGACAAUGAUGACCUUAUACAUGGUGGUACUCCCAGUUUUAUAUGUGCAGGGUUCAAACCAGACAUCAACCAGGAGCCAGAGUGCUGUGAUGUGCGAUGGGACCAGAAGUCCAACCGCUCCCGGGGCACUUUAAAAAGAACUCACCCUUCCUGCCAGCACACAUCCGUGACCUCCUCGGGUGGUCCACGGCUCGGGCAGGGCCGGCUGAAACUUUGCUUGCUGGUCCUAGUUCUUCUCCACACUGUGGCUACCAUGACAGCCAAUCAGAACUCGACCUGCCUGACUGGAAUCUUUCCACUAGAUGACAACGCCCCGAGAGAAGAGUGAUUAAAUGAAGAAAAACUCCAGCUCCAACACCACUUGCUUCAGGCUUGCCAGUAAAGAAGCACCUCAUUCAGAGAAAAGUUGAGUUUAACGGCUCUAAGUGAGGCUCACAGUCUCUACCAGAGAACACUUAACCACACUUGUCAUCAGCACCUUGUGGGGUUUUGGGAAAACAGUGAACAGGACACAAGACAAAAGAUAAGCAUAAUACGAAGAGUCAGAACAUGCCCCUACAGAGACUUCUUGCUCUCUUCUGGUACACACAUUGUGACACACACACACACACACA